AUGCCUGAGAACUAUGCUUUUGGGAGAAGACCUCCAGUUCCGCUAUGGAACCAGGAGAUAAAAAUAGUUGUAGGUGAACCAAUGGAAUUCAACCUUCCUGAACUGCGAAAGAUGGCUCUAUCUGACUCUCGGGAUUCAUCAUCUUCCAGUGGGCGGUGGCCAAGAAUUGCAGCUUUGGGUAAGGAUGCUGAGCUCCUGGAUCGAGAUUUUAUUCAAAAAAUGUGUGAAAACCCAGAAAGAAUUCGAAUUUUGGUUCCUCCAAUUGCAACCCCAUCUGGGCUAGUUGAGGCACUAGGAUUAGGCCUAGGGAGAAAAGUGUUAUGCCCAGUUCCAUUAGUGAUUGGGUUGGAUGAACCACCUGUUGUGCCGAAAUUCCUUGAGGAUUUAUCCAAAAGGGGGUGGAUUCCAGUGAGAUUAGAUGCAUACGAGACGCGAUGGGCUGGGGCGAAAUGCGCGGUGGAUGUGGUGAGAAAGAGUGAAGAGGAGUGUGGAUUUGAUGCAAUUGUGUUUACUAGUACUGGAGAAGUGGAGGGUUUGUUGAAGAGCUUGAAGGAAUUUGAUUUGGAUUGAUCAAUGGUGAGGAGGAGGUGUCCAAGAAUGGUGGUGGCAGCUCAUGGCCCUGUUACAGCUGCUGGUGCUGAGAGUUUGGGUGUUGGCAUUGAUGUGGUAAGUUCCAAUUUUGGUAGCUUUGAUGGUGUUGUUGAUGCACUAGCUCAUAAAUGGAAAUCAUUGGAAAAUCAAGAAUCUUGAUUUUGGUUUUUUGCUCUUUUUUGGUGUGAAUUCUUUCUUACCAAAAUCAAGAAUCUUGAAUUUGGUUUUUUCUCAUCAUGGAAGGUUUGAUGGAGCUAGAAUUGUUCCAGCACCCCUCUUUAAUUGUUUGGCCAAAAUUUCUUUAAUUGUCUAGUCACAGUUUUUGUAAUUCUAAAUACCUCUUUAGUUUUGUACUAUUAAUUUGGAAUUUAUAGUAAUUGAUGUUGUGAGUUCCAGGUUUGAUAGAAUUGAUGUUCCUGUUGAUGCAACAUUCUCAGAAAUGCAAUCAUUGGAAAAUCAAGUUUCUUGAA